UCGGCGUUUUAAAAGUAGUUUGUUGAUAGUUUGGUAAUAGAAGUUAUAACAAUGUCUAUAUCAAAUUUGCUAUCGGAUUUAGUUUUAAAUGAUUUAAAAGAAAUGGGUAUAAAACACAAAGACAAGAAACCUAAAGUAAUCAAGAUUUCAGUGGGUCAGCCGUUGUUCCGCCAAGCGUUGCAAUACUUAAAAUUGGCAGAUGCUUUUCUCGAGAAUGGCACUGUGGUUCAGGUACCUCAGUUUAUAGUCGAGGCUUGUAGUUAUAUAUUGGAACAUUGUGAAACAGAAGGUAUAUUUCGCAAAGCGGGCUCUGCGGCAAAACAGCGGGAAAUUCGUAAAUGUCUCGAGGCGGGUCAACCUCUGGGAAAGUCGCAUCGCGUAAUAGAUAUCGCAAAUAUUGUAAGCUAUUUCUUCCGAGAGCUACCUGAACCGCUUAUUCCUUCGUACUUGCACGACACUCUCGUAAGAUGCCUACAUACUACUGAAUCGAAUCGGAAUCGAUCUAUACAAUUGACGUGUUUGUUGAUACCUUCGUUGACUGCUCAAACUCUGGCAUACUUCAUGCAAUUCCUACACACCGUCACCAGGCAUGUCAGCAGUAAUAAAAUGAGUGCGGAGAACUUGGCAAUAGUGAUUGCACCAAGUGUUAUGCCAUACCGAGAUAUAAAUAGUGUUCGGUUUAAGAAUCACAUCAAAAUAGUCGAACUCCUUAUCGAGAAUGCCAGCAUGAUUGGGACGAUACCUGCGUGUAUUCGAGAGAAACUUGGUAACGUAACAACGGAUUCGUUAGCAGGCACUGUACACACAAGAAAGGUUCGAAGUGAAUGCAGCUCUAUUGCUAAAAACAAGAAUCGACGUAGUCAUCUUUUCAGUGCCUUGAAAACAAAGGUUGGACUCACAAUGAGCAGUUCAGAAAAUCUCGAUUGUCCUGCAAAACUAUUUGACAAUUCAAACCACUUAUGUAAUCCAGAGUUGCAAAAAAAAACUUGCAAGGAAACAAAUACUCGAUCUGGAAUAAUUGUGAAGACGCAGAAAUUUACAGAACCAUUUAACGCCUUCCGUGCCAGAAAAAAUGAAAAAAAGCAUUCCCACGCUAAUUUGGCUGGAAAUCAAGGGACUAGCAAUGUAACCUCUGUUACCAAAAGUAACAUGGAACAUAGAAGAUGGAGCCUGGUUACAGCUGGAUGGUCAAAAAAUAAUAAAAAAGAAAACAUAUCAAAUAAUCUAAAUAUUUCAGUUUCUGAUAUUGGAAUUAAAGAUCAAACGGAUUUUUUUACAUUAAAAGUUUCCAAUUCAGAUGAUCUUAAACCUAUUAGCUUUACAAAUACAUGCAAAAAUGAAUAUGAUGCUAUUAUGGAGCGUGUAGCGUCAAUUGAAACGCAGAACCCCUCGCCUAAAGUUAAAACGCACGUUCAUCAAAGCACAUGUAGUAUUGUGAAAAGUGUUGAGCAAUCUAAUGAAAACUCUGGAAAGGAAGCUGAGAAGGCUUUCAUUAAAGCCCAAUCCCUGAAAAAACGUAGAAGUAUCGAUAAAAAUACUGUUGGUUCCCCAAGAAAAAUAAAAACGUUGCGUAAAACACAAGAGCCCACACGCAUUAUGAGACAUAAUUCAUGCUAUAGCUCACCUUCUGAGUUUCCUGUGAAUUUGCAUUUGCCGAAAGCUAAAAUUUCUAAUAGUGAUAUUCCACAGAAGACAUUGAUUCAGCAUCAAGAGUCAGAAUCUGAAUGGUUGCCGGCUGAAACAUUUUUUCGGGAUUUGGAUAGCUUCCAAACUCCUGUGCAAAAGAUGAAAGUUCAUUUUGAAUCAAAUAAUUCAGAAUUAAAACAUCUUAAAACGGUUUCGUAUUCCCUAUCCAAAAUUGCGAAUUCAACCAAAAACAAUAACAUCGAAACACGAAUGCGCUCUGCGAAAUCUGUGUGCAGAAAUUAUGCUCUUAAAUUAAAUUCAGCUUCUAACAUUGUUUUCGAGGACCAAGGUCGCGCUUCUAUCGCCCGUCUUCGCACUGAAAAUUGUGGAAUGGUUUUAGCAAAAGCUAAGCUAUUCGAUGACUUUAACGACUGUUCUUGAAUUGAAUUAACUUUAUUAAUAAUAAGUAUAAUAAUUUAUAAAAUAAUUUCGAAGUACAAAGCUACAAAAUUUUCGGAGACUAAGCUAAGCAUGUGAAAUUGUUGUAAUAUAUAAGUACAAAUAUGUUAUGCAUUUUUAUAAAUAUUUUAAUAUUAUUAUAUAUGUAUGUGCACGGCUGAACUGCACAUUGCCAAUUCUCAAUGCGCACAUGAUUAAAUGUAAUAAACAAGUUAAAAUAAAA